AUGGGGCAGCCGCUUCAUCAGCAGCCGCUGGUGCACUUCAGGUCCAGGUGGAAAUUCAUAGUACGAGAGAUCACAAUUUACGGACAAGGUGGAAGCGGCUACGGCAGCAAUGGAUUAGGAGGACAAGGUAGCGGUGCAAUGCAGCAGCAUCAGCAGCCGCAGCCGGAGCUUCAGGAGCAAGCGGAAACGGCUACGGCAGCAAUGGAUUGGGAGGAC